AUGCUUGCAUUCGCGCUGCUGUUGUGCGCUUGGGUCAUCGUAUUCGCCUUCCCGUGCAUACGUUUCACCUAUUAUGUGCCUAUUUGGCUGCGAGGGAAUUUGCAAGUGAUGGCAGAGACAAUACCGCUGUCGCAGACUUGUGGCUUCAGACCACGCUGGUGGGGUGAACAACAGGCAUUCGUCGAACAAAUUCUCAGGCAUACGAGAUAUUACCGCUUGCUCAGUAAUGCGAUACAACGUAUCCACCAGCGAUUUGAGCUUUUCAGCGAUCAGGAGACCAUCGACUUAAUUAAACCCUACAAUGGGCAAUUGUUAGCAUUCUGCGUCAGCAAGUUUGUGAUAUUUGGAUGUGUUAUAUUGGCAUUUCCGAUUUUACUCCUACUAAUGUUCAUGCGGUGCUUUUCCGAACAGGAGGAUCUUAUGGAAGAAGCAAUGUUUGAUCUCGUCGAAAUUUCGAUUUUUAGUGUAUUUGCUGUAGUCCAAUUCUACAUGGCCGCAGGUGCGGAAAUUCGAGCCGUCAUGCGUUCGCUGUGUGUUAAGUACCUUGCACGCGGUGCGCAUAUCAAAGGAUUUAUGGUAGGCGCUGCAUUUAUACCGGACUGCACGUAG